UCCUCUGUCAAUCAACAAUCUUUCUCCAAAAAAAUCGAAGAAGAUGAAUCACCCCUAACACGACAUCGUGUUGAACAAAAUUAACAAUUUCAAUGGAGGCAAAGUCUGAGAAAGAGAGAGACUUCCUGAAGCAUCUAGAAGCUUACUUAGCAAAGCGCGAUGGUGUUGACAAACUAUUGAAGAUUUCUCGUUACGCUUCCAAAUUCAUCAUCUCCUCCUCACUCCUUCCCCAAACGCAUCCCGUCACGCGCCACCUUAAGUCGUUUGAGUCCAGCGUCGGUCUCAGCCGAAAAGCGUUUCGCCUUGGGAAGUUCAUCCAAGACGUCAACGCGUUGCGGUCAGCGGCGCGUGAGAAAUCUCAAAGCCGUCAGUUGUUUCUCCUCUCUGUCCUCGCGUACGGUGGAGAAGGAGUGUAUUACUUCGUGGAGCAAAUCGUGUGGUUGUCGAAAUCUGGAUUGAUCAACGCUCGCCACGCGCGUGAGCUUCAGAAGUUGAGCGCGUGGGCGGAAUUUGUGGGUUACAUUGGGAGUAUUACGUUGAAGGUUGAGGAUUUGAAGGAAAUUGAUGAGAAAUUGAAGUGUUUGAGCUCGAGUAUUGAGAUUGCGGUUGCAAGAGAUGAGAAUUGCGCGGAGGAGAGAGAAAAAGAGAAGGUUUUGAGGUUGAAGAUGAUGUUGAAGAAGAUGUCGAUUUUGCAGGAUUUUGCAGAUGGAUUAAUGGCGUUGGCUGAUAUUCGUGAUGGUAAAAGGAAGAUUUUUACUCCUUUUGUCCUUUCUUGUGCUGGAUUGUUGUCUGCCCUGAUUAGCACGCACAAAAAUUGGGUUUCUUGUUGAUUUAUUCUGUUUAUUCCUGAUUCAUUUGAGGUUGAAUUGAUGGAGAAUUGAUGAAAUAAUAUGAAUUGUUUUAUUAGGAAUGAUCUAGUCUUUCUUUGUAAUAAAAGUGAAUACUGGAAAUGAAUUGAAUACAGAAAUUUUGCAACUUUUGUGCAAUGUGUUUUGUUUUGGGAGCUGCUUGAUGUUAGAUUUAUUGGAAAAUGAGGAAUUUCUAACC